AUUUCUGCCUUUACACAUGUCACCCACAGUUUUAAAUCAAAACCCUAAUUAAUCACCAUGGCUAAAUCAAAAACUUCCUUCCUGUGUAAUGCAAUAAGCAGUUAAUUCAAUCCUCCACCUCCAAUUAAUUGUCUGUAUUUUUCUCUGAUUGGGAGUUUAAUUAUUAAGGGAGGGAGGGAGAAGAGGGCUUUGGAGUUUGGGAAGUUGGCUACUAAGGAAGCAACAGCUCCACUGGAAUUUCGGGUUUUCGCCCAUUUACGAACUUCGAAGUCGGGUGGGUGGGUCGUCUUCUUACACUACCUACAUAAUCUCAUCCCCAAUCUCUCUUCUUCUUCUCCAACUUUAUGUUCCUAACUAACCAAUUUCCAGAGAGUGUUAUUGCAGCGACCCGACCGAGGGGGAGAGUCGAGUGGUCACCGUCGUCCGCUGGUUACAUCCAGCGCAGAAAAAGAAAAUCUUGAGGAGAAUUGAGGAGGAAGAAGAAGACCCGCCAUCGUCGUCAUAUAUAUAUAUUGGAGCAGAAAAUGGGAUCUGAUCUUUUCUCUCACUACUGUAUGUGUAUGUGUAUGUGAUUGUAUGUAUAGGUGUAUGUAUACAUCAUUACAAAAGCCAAAGCGGUCUGUGUAAUCGUCAUCAAUGCUGCAAAGUACGGUACAGUCUUCCCCACCCCACUGCUGCAGUGCACUGUACACACCCACUGUUUUUCCCUCUCCCUCUCCCUUUCCCUCCCUCCCAAACCCUAAUUUUCCGAAUUAUUCCGAUUCGGGUUAGAAUUGUCCCUCUUUCUGUUCCCGAUUACGAAUUAAAUGAGAGCUGUAACAUGGAGGCAGAUGAAAUUCGGUGCAAGUUUCCCAGAAUCGGCGAUGCAGCUGCCGGCGGCGAGAAAAUGGGCGGCCACUAUCCCGAUGAGGACGACGACGGAGACAACCGAAGAGGUUGCUCCAAUGGCGUUGGAGCCGUCGACGCCGUCGGGAGAUUCAACGGCUGGCCUUCGUCGCGAAUUGUGAGGGUUUCGCGGGCCUCCGGCGGGAAAGAUCGGCACAGCAAAGUUCUGACCUCCAAGGGGCUGAGAGACCGCCGCGUGCGGCUGUCGGUGAAUACUGCGAUUCAAUUCUACGAUCUUCAGGACCGGUUAGGGUACGAUCAGCCGAGCAAGGCGGUGGAGUGGCUGCUGAAGGCGGCGGCGAGUUCCAUCGCCGAAUUGCCGCCGAUGAACAGUCCGUUCCCCGACACGCCGAAGCAGCUGAGCGACGAGAAGAGGUCCAGCACCGCCGGAAGCGAUCAGCUAGGGUCUGCCGCCGCCGCCGGCGAUCUGAAUUACUCUCAGCAGCAACUGACGGCGAAAUCCUCCGCCUGUAGCAGCACAUCGGAGACGAGCAAGGGCUCCGGGCUGUCUCUUUCCAGAUCUGAGAGCAGGAUGAAGGCCAGGGAGCGCGCCAAGGAACGAGUUGCAUCGGAGAAGAUGGAGAUGGAGAAGAAGGAGAAGGAGACUGAAUCUGCUUCUGCACUAAAUCCUCUCUCCCAAACCUCUUCCUUCACCGAGCUAUUGAAUGGAGGAAUCAACAAUGGCGGCGGCGGCGGCGGCGGCGGCGGCGGUGGUGGUUCCAAUGAGUCAAAUUACUUCCGGCAGUGGCCGAUGGAUUACUUCAAUUCGGGGCUUCUAGGCCGGACGGGGCAAAUGAUGCAACUACAGUCAACAAAUCCGUUCGUGGCGGCGCCGCCGAUAUUCAACGUCGGGGUGGAGCACCACCCGGAGCUCCUCCACUUCUCUUUUGUCCCGCCGGACCACUUCGUCGCCGGAGGAAACAGUGGCGCCGGAAACGUCAACAGCGACCACAAUACUGAGUACAAUUUGAACUUCAGAAUAUCAUCGUCGUCGUCGUCGUUUUCGUCAUCUCCAAAUCCAUCGUCCUCCGGCGGCGUCGCCGCUGGCUUCAAUAACAUUAGGGGGACCCUUCAGUCCAAUUCAACUUCUUUAGUACCGUCACUGUCGUUGCCUCACUUCCAGAGGUUUCCCGACGGAACCCCUCCAAGUUUCUUCAUUGCACCUGCGGAUAACCAUAGCAGCCGCCAGCCCUAUCUUUCAGAAUUGCAGCUCUGCUACGGCGGAGAUGCUAACACCGGCAAUAGGCAUUUCGCCGGUCAGAAAGGGAGAGGAAAGAAUUGAUCGCGAGUUCAUUAAUUAAUUCAUUCCCUGGUAAUGUUCUUGCUUGCUUAAUUUUCCUGCAAAGGUAAAAACGUUUAGUCAUCAUAUGUUGCCUUGAUGCAGUCAGUAUUUACGGUGGUUUGAGUUCUUGUCUUGAGAUGGGUUCGAGGCUUUUUAUAUCAGAUCAGCAUUGUGUUUUGUUUUA